CUGGAAUUCCACCAUCAGCGCUUUAUUCUGAGGUUCAGUGCUGUCCUGGGUUAACCUGAAAGCAAUCUCCGAUGCUCCCCUUUCUGGCUUUCGGGGAGGCAGAGACUGACCGGACACUUGUCUCUGCAGGUGCAGACCUGGGCCAAAGAGAGAGAGAGAGAGAGCCAAGGAAGUCCACAGUGGAGAGAGGGCUGUGCUGGGGGUUCCAGCAAGACUUCCCGGAGAAGGGGAUCUUGGAGCUAGGCCUUGAGAAUGAGUUUGUCAAAUGAGGAAGGGCAUCCGAAGCCAAGGGAACGGCAGGAGGGAACGCUAGGGAGGGGAGAGAAUCUGGAGAGUUCCGGUAAAAGCAAGUAGGACUCUUUCCAGAAGUUUGGGCAAGAUUUUCCCUGGGCCAGGGCGUGGGUUCUCCAGUACUAAUCCCUCCCGCUCACUGAGAUGCUCUGCGUUUCCAGUCUGAACCUGAACGUAAAGAGGUGUAGUCCCUCCUUUCUUGAACUGAAAAACUGAGCGCACAUCGGUCCUUGCCACGCCUAAGGCUGCGGAGUGAUCAGAUGGAAAAUGCGGCACUCAAAACCUCCCCUCGCUGUAAUUUGCACUGCCCUGUGCCAAGCUCGCUCUGUCCUUUCUUCCAUUCCUUAUUCCUAUUGUCAGUCUCGCUGCGCUAGGACCCUAAAAAUUCGGUCUCAUGUUGCCCGGGGAACAACAUUUCGCUACACCCACCUCCAUAGAGCCCCCGCCUCCCUCUCUACCUUGCACCAGCCAAUGGAAGCGAAGAUCUUCAGACGGUGGGCGGGACGUAUCCUAAGACUGUGCACGCGCCGGAGCAGCGGCGCACCAGCCCCCGGCUCCGGCACCACCAUCUUCGCGCUAAGCUCUGGCCAAGGCCGCUGCGGCAUCGCGGUGAUCCGGACCAGCGGCCCCUCCAGUGGCGACGCCCUCCGGAUUCUCACGGCAGCCAGAGACCUGCCCCCUGCUCGCCACGCCAGCCUGCGCCUCCUCAGCGACCCCCGCUCCGGGGAGCCUCUGGACCGCGCACUGGUCCUCUGGUUCCCAGGUCCCCGGAGUUUCACCGGUGAGGACUGCGUGGAAUUCCACGUGCACGGAGGCCCGGCAGUGGUGAGCGGCGUCCUGCAGGCCUUGGGCAGCGUGCCAGGGCUUCAACCUGCGGAGGCAGGCGAGUUCACCAGGCGGGCGUUUGCCAAUGGGAAGCUGAACCUGACCGAAGUGGAGGGGCUGGCGGACCUUAUCCACGCAGAAACCGAGGCGCAGCGGCGGCAGGCCCUCAGGCAGCUGGACGGGGAGCUGGGCCACCUCUGCCGUGGCUGGGCCGAGACCCUCACCAAAGCUUUGGCCCACGUGGAGGCCUAUAUCGAUUUUGGCGAGGAUGACAACCUGGAGGAGGGGGUCCUGGAGCAAGCGGACAUCGAAGUACGAGCACUGGAGGUGGCCCUGGGUGCACAUCUACGAGAUGCCAGGCGCGGGCAGAGACUCCGCUCAGGGGCACACGUAGUGGUCACUGGACCCCCCAAUGCCGGCAAGAGCAGCCUAGUGAACCUACUCAGUCGGAAACCUGUGUCCAUCGUGUCCCCCGAGCCAGGGACCACCCGUGACGUCCUGGAGACCCCCGUCGACCUGGCCGGAUUUCCUGUGCUGCUGAGCGACACGGCUGGGUUGCGGGAGGGCGUGGGGCCGGUGGAGCAGGAGGGCGUUCGGCGCGCCCGGGAGAGGCUGGAGCAGGCGGACCUCAUUCUGGCCAUGCUGGACGCCUCUGACCUGGCCUCUCCCUCCAGUUGCAACUUCCUGGCCACCGUCGUAGCCUCUGUGGGAGCCCAGAGCCCCAGUGACAGCAGCCAGCGCCUCCUCCUGGUGCUGAACAAGUCGGACCUGCUGUCCCCAGAGGGCCCAGGUCCGCGUCCUGACCUGCCCCCGCACCUGUUGCUGUCCUGUCUGACGGGAGAGGGUCUGGACGGCCUCCUGGAGGCGCUGAGGAAGGAGCUAGCUGCAGUGUGUGGGGACCCGUCCACCGGUUCCCCGCUCCUGACCCGCGCAAGGCACCAGCACCACCUCCAGGGUUGCCUGGAUGCCCUCAGUCACUACAAGCCGUCAAAAGACCUGGCCCUGGCGGCAGAGGCGCUGCGGGUGGCCCGGGGUCACCUGACCCGGCUCACAGGUGGAGGGGGUACCGAGGAGAUCCUGGACAUCAUCUUCCGGGACUUCUGCGUGGGCAAGUGACGGGAUCCAGGGAAGUCGCACCCAAGUUGCGUGGAGACCCAGGAGACCCAGGGGAUCUGGAAACAGUUUAGGCCAAUCGGGAUUCUCUUUCACCUGGGAAAGAACUUGAUUCUCAAACAAUGAAGCAACACAGCUGAGAGGUAGUGAGUGCCCUGCAGGGACUCCCUGGAGAUUCAGGCCCUGAAAUGGGGCUGAAUGGAGGUCCGUUGGACCCUGGAUGCUGGGGCAUCCGUGUUGGGAUGGAGACAGGAGGAUCUCCGGAUAUUUGUUUCAUGGUUUUUAAUUUAUUUUGCAAAUACCAAAGGAAUGUAAAAAAAAAACUCAGGUGCUGAAGUGUUUCCCUCCCUCCCUCCCUCCCUCCCUCCCUCCCUCCCUCCCUCCCUUCCUUCCUUCCUUCCUUCCUUCCUUCCUUCCUUCCUUCCUUCCUUCCUUCCUUCCUUCCUGGCGCGCAGUGGUGCAUCUCACCGCAACCUCCACCUGCUGGACUCAAUUGAUUCUCCUGCCUCAGC